UUGUGGUAUUUGGCCCUCCGGCUGAAAUAUUCUAUGUCAUCAUGAGUGUCACUUGUCGCUUUCUUUCAGGUGGUCUCUUGCACAGAGCAACAUCAUGUGUUUCUAUGACUACAUCUCGUAAUGCCUGCUUUAGUAAUGCACGGAUGCACUGGAUUCGUCAAAUCGGAACUAAAGCGAACACUCCUGCUGUUUCUACAAGACCUGUGAAUUUGACCUAUGACGUGUUCGAUGGAAAAGGGGACAACACGCCGCUGGUUUUCCUCCACGGUCUUUUCGGCAGUAAAUCCAACUUCCACUCCAUAGCCAAGUCCUUAGUCCAGCGGACCGGCAGAAAGGUGCUGACAGUAGAUGCACGUAACCAUGGAAAAAGCACACACAGCCCCAUUAUCACCUAUGAGGCCAUGACCAAUGAUCUCACGCAACUGCUUGCUCAACUGCGAAUCGGGAAAUGCGUUCUGAUUGGCCACAGCAUGGGAGGCAAGGUGGCCAUGACAACAGCACUCAUGCAGCCGAGUCUAGUGGAGCGCCUGGUGGUGGUGGACAUAAGCCCCGCCCAAACCACACCGCUGACUAACUUCCCCGCCUACAUCCAGGCCAUGAAGGAGGUGAAGGUGCCGAAGGAUGUGCCCCGCUCCACUGCGCGCAGGUUGGCCGAGGACCAGCUACGUCAGCUCGUCAAAGAGCGCUCAGUACGGCAGUUCCUUCUGACAAACCUGACUGAGGAGGAAGGACAGUAUUCUUGGAGGGUCAACUUAGAUGCCAUCUCCAAUCAUCUGCAAGACAUCAUGAAUUUCCCAGCAUUCAACACCAGCUAUGAGGGCCCCACACUCUUCCUUGGUGGGACCAACUCCGCGUAUAUCAGCUCUGAGGACUACCCAGAGAUUCAGCGUCUCUUCCCGUGUGCUGACAUCCAGUACAUUCCAGACGCCAGCCACUGGAUCCACGCAGACAAGCCCCUGGACUUCAUCAGCUCCAUCAGCACCUUCCUCCAGUCCUAGCCCUGCCCUGCACUGCACUGGCCUGGCCACAGAGGGGCGACAAGGAGGAGUGCUUUUACAGCCACCAGGAGAAAUAUAUGAACAAGUGCUUUUUUGUAGUUUUUGUUGUUAAAUUUAGAUUCAUUUUUGUGUCUUUUUCAUCUCAUUUGUUUACAGGGCUGUAUCAUUAAGCACUAGCGAUGCAUAGACGUGUCUAUAGUUCUGCAGUAAACUGCAGAGUUUAAUACUACAGACAUAUAGCCAAUUAUUUACUUAUUCAAAGGACAUAUUUUGACCACAGUGCAAUUAACACUGUGAUUAAAAGCUGCAUAGUAAUAUAAGAGUAUAGUUUGGAGUGAAAAGAGAAGGGUUGGAAUAGUCUAAUAAGAUGAAUCUAGGGUGUUUUAAAGAAGGGUUGGUAUGGUCUAAUAAGAGUAAUCUAGGGUGUUUUAAAGAAGGGUUGGUAUGGUCUAAUAAGAGUAAUCUAGGGUGUUUUAAAGAAGGGUUGGUAUGGUCUAAUAAGAGUAAUCUAGGGUGUUUUAAAGAAGGGUUGGUAUGGUCUAUUAAGAGUAAUCUAGGGUGUUUUAAAGAAGGGUUGGUAUGGUCUAAUAAGAGUAAUCUAGGGUGUUUUAAAGAAGGGUUGGUAUGGUCUAAUAAGAGUAAUCUAGGGUGUUUUAAAGAAGGGUUGGUAUGGUCUAAUAAGAGUAAUCUACUCCUGCGGUGUUUAAAUGGACUUCAGUGGGGCCUUCUGAGAAGGAGCAGGGGCUUAGUGUUACAGACGGCACAGAUCAGUUCUAGCUUUAACACUCCCUUUAAUUCUUUCAUUUCGAGAGAUUUUUUUAAUGCACGUGGAGAGAAUGGUGACAAUCGGCAUGUUCUCUCUUAUUCUUUUCCACACAAGGAACCAGUAUUAAAUGAAGUUAGUUAGUUUGUUAUUUAGUUGAGAAUACAAAUCGAACUCUGUGUAUGUGACAUAACCAGGUGAGAGGAUCAGGGUAAGCUAAAGGAAUGUGCCAUGUGUAAGGCAGUUAGGGUUAACUCCAGUGUGCAGGCAUCACAAAACGGUUGCCAACCUGCUCCAAUGGAUAUUUGUCAGUAAAUGAUGUGCAUACUGGGCAGGGACAUCACAUUUACAGUCUACACACACACACAUUCACAAAUUGUUAAUGCUACGUAAUUAUUGACCUUAAAUAAUUGUAAACAUGAACUGAUCAGCAUACAUUUUACAGACCUCAACAAUAAUUGAGUAUAUAAUCACUAUUCAUGUUCCAGUCUUAAAAUUGACCAUAAAUAAGUUUUUUAAAUUGUGUGUAUAUUAUGAUGCUGACAGUAUCUGUGAGGCAGUUUAGUGUGAACGUCACAGUGUGAGAGAUCUAUAGAACGGAGUGUGAGACCGUAUAUUCACACUGCAGUGUAGAGUAUAGUGGUUUUUGCUCUCAGGGGGCACAUAGAAACUGCCCUAAUACUUGAACUGCCACCUUUUAAAUGGACAGUCUGUACAUAGAGCACUCUGGUCUUGUAUCCUGGGUUGUGCUCUUUGUUAACAUGUAAAGAUUAUAUAUGCAUAUAUAAUAUUAUAAUAUAAUAUUAACACUACAUAAAGAAUCAAGGGACACAAUAUAUGCACUGCUAACCUCAACAGACGUUAUGUAAUUUAUAAACAAUUCGAUGUUCUACUGUUGAUGUAAUAUUUGUCCACGUCAGGUAUAGUAAAUGAUGUCAAAUUAUUGUGAUGAACAUUUCUGGUUUUGUUCGUUAUUAGGUAAUACUAAUACUAAUUGUCAGAAUGAUGGGUGACUAUGAAAUACUCUUCCAAUAUCAGAUAUUAACCAUAGUGUUCUCAGCGAACUGUAAAUAGUCAUUAACAGCACAAGUUUGUAUUGUGUUUUAUCCGUUUCCCACCCAGCAGUUGGCUGGAUUUUCACCAGACGGGGCAGACUCGUCUUACAGUGAAUUGCAUUGUGGGUAUUACAUGUUCAUUUUCCAAUUUUUUUUCUGGCCUUGAGAAGUAGCUGAGACUUGGUAGGGUGGCUUAUGCAGUUUGAUCAGAAUGUAAAAGAGGAGGUUUUCAGUGUGUAAUUGACAUGAAUACAUUAAUAUUUAACUAUCAAGAUUGGGAGUGUCCAAAGGACAUUUUCAAUUUGCAAAGGUUUUAUUGAAAUUAAACUAUAUUUCUCUAAUAUUUUGGACAGAUGGCAAAGUAACCUAUAUUUGUUGGAAUAGCUUAUAUUUGUGUGCGUGUGUCUGUAUGUGUGUGUGUUGAGACUGACAGUGAUGUCCAUUCGUAUUGAGAUGUGUUUACAUGUUGUAGUUAUUUAUUAUUUACAAAAAUUAAACUAGAAAAGCCA